CAAUGGAAAUUGUAAGCUGCUUCAGAAAGAGGGGGAUCUGGAAAGAGGGAGGAGAGGAGAGAAAGAAAGUGACAGGAAGCCACCUCAUUAAACACUGACAGCGGGUCAAAGACAGAGAAGAGAGGAGAACGAGGCUGUCCAGAACACACCAUAACCAUAUGGUGGUUUUAAAGCGGUAAAGACAGCAGAAAAAGUGGUGAUCGGUUACUUCGGAAAAGAAAAGGGAAAAACCGAAAGGAAACUUUCCCUGGAAAAGUUGGAGACUCCAUCAUGUCAACGCUUCCGGCAGAGUCGGGCCCUGAGGAUGCCAACAAUCAAAGCUUCUGGAUGCCAGGGAACUACCACCAGACAGUCAAGAGGACUGAAGACUCCUUCCAGGCAUGUAAUGAUAUAGUGGCGUGUUUCCAGGAGAGGGCCAGGGUCGAGAGACAGUACGCACAGCAGCUUAGCGAGUGGAGUGCCAAGUGGAAACCCCUAGUGGAUGCCAGUCCUCUCUAUGGCUCACUUCUGCGAGCUUGGCAGUGCUUCCUCUCUUCCGCUGACCGUCUCUCCUCACUACACUCCUCCAUCUGCCGUGCUCUUGUGUCCGAAGAUGGAGAUCGCAUCCGGACCUGGCAGAAGGAGACUUUCCAUAAGAAGAUAUUUGGAGGUUUUAAGGAAUCCCAGGAUUUUGAAACCGGUUUCUCGCGUGCUCAGAAACCCUGGGCCAAGAGACUAAAGAAGCUUGAGAAGGCCAGGUCAGCCUUUCACAAAGCCUGCCGUAAAGAACACAUGGCUCGCGAGAGGGAAACUCAUGCUCAAGGAAACCCUGACAUUGCCAUUGAGAAACAGAGGAAGAUCCAGGAAGAGACCGAACUGGCUCAUCAGGAGACAGAGAAAGUGCGAGCCCGCUAUGAGAAGGUCCUUGAGGAAGUGACACGUUAUGCUCCACGCUACAUGGAGGAAAUGGAGUCUAUCUUUGACCAAUCACAAGAGGAGGAGAGGAAGAGAAUAAGCUUCCUCAAACAGGCUUUUCUCUCCAUCCACAGACACUUGGAUGUCACCAACAAUGAAGAUGUGAAAGCUGUGUACAAUGAGCUUCACGACACUCUGAUGUCCAUCAGCGAGCAGGAGGAUUUACGUUGGUGGAAGAACACACAUGGGCCAGGCAUGCCCACUGACUGGCCUCAAUUUCAGGAGUGGACUCCAGACAAGAAGCAUAAAAAGGGAAAGAAGGAGGUGGAGCAGAAAGCAGCAGUGAUGGAGAGAAGUGUAAUGAUUGGAGGAGUGAGAGUCCGAGCUCUUUAUGACUAUGUUGGACAGGAGACGGAUGAACUGUCCUUCAAAGCAGGUGAGGAGUUUCUGAAGAUCGAGGAUGAGGAUGAUCAGGGUUGGUGCAGAGGCAUGAUGGAUGGAGGAAAGGAGGGUCUUUACCCAGCUAACUAUGUGGAGGCAGUGUAAAACCACAGCUCUGGGGUCUGUAAAGGUCCACAGGCGACCAGAUUCAAGUCGGUUCGCAGCCGUUUUCAUUCAAGUUUGCUUAUUUUAUCAGAGCGGAUGACAGAGGGUACACAGGUAUGGGUUUAGAACUCAACAAAUGUUUACUCAAGUGGUUCCAAACAGAAUGAGAAGAUGUUUUUCCAGAAUGAGAAGAUGUUUUGAAGAAUCUUGGUAGCCAUUUUAUGGUACUCAUUGACUUCCAUAGUAGGAAAACAGACACUAUGGAAGUAAAUGUGUAUCGUCUUCAGAAUUUCUUCAUUUGUGUUCAGCAGAAGAAAGUAAUAAGUUGAAGAUUUAAAUUUUUUGGGUGAAUGAUAAGUGAUAAUGAACCUUUAAGCAUAAGGUGGGAUCAGAACGAGAAAAUGUUUCCAAAGCCGUAACUAUGAUCUUACUUGAGAACAAUGUAAUUUUACAUUUUAUUGUGUGUCACUCUGUGGCCUUCAAUCAAAAUAUGCAGAGAUUUUCAUAUGUUAUGAUAUGAAUAGAUUCUGUGCUUGUGUAAUAUAUACAUAUAGAGAGAAUAUGAACUGCAUUGUCUUGAUGUACAGAACGGUUGAAGUCCAAAUGAACAGCCUUCCUGUGACAAUUUUAGCAUUUUAAAAUUUGAUACACUAUUUAACAUAGAGAUUUUUCAACACAUUUUCAAAACAUAAGAUCUUUAAUACCUCAUUUCUUCUGUCUUUACCAUGAUGACAUUACACAAUAUUUUGCUCAUUUUGUAAGAUACUGGUAUUCAUUCAGCUUAAAGUGCAAUUUAAAGCAGGGGUUCCCUAAUUUUUCAGCCCGUGACCCCCAAAAUAACAAUGCCAGUGACCCGAUAUGCUCUGAGGUUAUACAGUAGAUAUACAAACCUUGCAUGCACCAGCGCACACACACCAAUAGGCCUGUCUAUUUUUCAUUUAAUUUUGGAGAAUGCCACUCUGAGACCAUUCUCCAUCUUUAGUUGUGGUGUGUAUUUAUUUUUAAUGUGUGUACCAUAAAUGUUUAACUUGGUGCCAUAAAAUCAGUCUGCUGCAUCUGACACUAUUGCUGUGUCUUUAAUAUAACAUAAUCACCCCAGAGGUCACAAUCCGAUGGAAAAAAAUAGCAUGUUUAUUUAAUGUAGCUAUUAACUACUAUUUUUAUCUUCUGUAGGUUAUGAAUAAAAUAUGCUAAUUCUAAUAGUUAAUAAAAUUAAUAAAAUUUUUGUAAAUCAUUAAACAACACUCCCUCAUUAUCCCACGACCCCUACUUUGGGAACCACUGAUUUACAGGUUAACGAAUUAGGAUAACUAGGCAAGCCUUUGGAUAACCGUGGUUUGUUCUGUAGCAAAUCGAAAAUAUAUACAGUUGAAGUCAGAAUUAUUAGCCCCCCUUUGAAUUUCUUUUUAUUUUUUGAAUAUUUCCCAAAUGAUGUUUAACAGCAAGGAAAUUUUCACAGUACGUCUGAUAAUAUUUUUUCUUCUGGAGAAAGUCUUAUUUGUUUUACUUCGGUUAAAAUAAAAGCAGUUUUAAAAUUUUUAAAAAACAUUUUAAGGUCAAAAUUAUUAGCCCCUUUAAGCUAUAUAAUUUUUCGAUAGUCUAAAGAACAAACCAUAGUUAUACAAUAACUUGCCUAAUUACCCUAACCUGCCUAGUUAACCUAAUUAACCUAGUUAACCCUUUAAAUGUCACUUUAAGCUGUAUAGAAGUGUCUUGAAAAAUAUCUAGUAAAAUAUUAUUUACUUUCAUCAUGGCAAAGAUAAUAUAAACCAGUUAUUAGAAAUGAGUUAAUGAAACUAUUAUGUUAAGAAAUGUGUUGAAAAAAUCUUUUCAAACAUAAAUUGGGGCUAAUAAUUCAGGCAAGCUAAUAAUUUUGACAUUAACUUUAUAUAUUAUUAAGGAGCUUAACAAUAUUGAACUUAAAAAAUGUUUUAAAAAUAUUUUUUAUUCCAGCCAUACUUAAAGAAAUACUUUCUCCAGAAGAAAAAAUAUUAUCGGAAAUACUGUAAAAAUUUCUUUGCUCUGUUAAACAUCACUUGGGAAAUGUUUGAAAAAGAAUACAACUUUCACAGAAGGGCUAAUCAUUUUGCCUUCAACUGUAUGCAUGAGUAUUUUGAGGACAGUGUUUCACACCAAAGACUUCAGUGCUAAUUUACAUUUUAUGAGUGACAAAUUUGUUCUGAUGAUAAUUACGUUAUAUCUGAUGCCUGUGUAAAAGGGGCCAGAUGGUUAUGAUGUCAUCUACAGCUGCGAAUUUCACACAAGGUGAUAAUAGAUAUGAUAAUAUGCUAUAUAUUUAUCCGCUUUGGUCUUGUUGCUAAAAGUCACUCGUCUCACAUUUAGUCAUUUUAGCUGCACAAAGGCGGUAUUAAUCAACACCACUUUAAAGUGAUAGCCAUGGGAGCCAUUACGGUCUCUUCUUGUGUAUUUCUGUUGUGUUUAAGCUCUAUUUCUAAACCAAAGAAAAAGUAUGUAUGCAACUGAGCGCAGUGUUUGUUUGUGCAGUAGUGGGAGUAAAUGAAUUCAGAUCAGGGCAGUAUUUUAUGCACCGUCGCUAACCUAAUGCAAACACUAGCAGUAUUAAAAGGGAUACAGAUUACUUUGUAGUCUCGUUCUUAUUAAUCAUCUUGGAAGAACUUCAUUACACACACACUAACUAUACACACACAUUUUAUUAUUACUGUUCACUGUGCAUGAGACUUCAUGCUGGUGCAAAUAUAUUCGGCUGUAAAUAAAUAUUCAUAUACAGAAUGUGUGGGUGUGCUACUUAAUUUAGGGACAGUUUUU